GCUGGAGAUUUCCCACCGCCACCCAGCAAUCGCUGAGGAACAGUGACAGGGGAGAGGUCUACAUGCUGCUUUGUAGUGCUCUGCAUAGCAGAGCACUACAAAUCAGCAUGUUUCUCUACUAAAACAGACACAGCACACACAGUAAAACAGCACACAGUUAACCUUUUGAUCGCCCCAGAUGUUAACCCCUUCCUGUCCAGUGUCAUUAGUACAGUGUCAGUGCUUUUUAUUAGCACUGGUCACUGUAUUAGUGUCAUUGGGACGCCAGUGGCAGUUAGUCAGUUCCCCUCAGUGUCAGAAUGCCGGCAACAGUCCCACUAUA